CCAAAAUUUACUCAGGCCGGCCCAUUUACCUUUCCAGCCCAUCAAAACCCUAAAAUCCCCCACCCUCCGGCCUCCAGGCACAGGCACGCGAAAGGACUCGCGGCGUCGGCGGCGCUUGUUCCUUCUUCCCUAAAAUCCCCACCCUCCGACGGUCCGGCCUCCAGGCCACCGAGGGCUGCGCCUACUUCGGCCAGCCCAACCCGCCGGCGCCCUGCGCGUGCCCGCUACGCCAGGCCUGAGGCAACCUCGACGCGCUCAUCGGCCGCCUCCGCGCCGCGUACGAGGAGUUCGGCGGCCGCCCCGAGUCCAACCCCUUCGCCGCCCGCGCCGUGCGCAUCUACCUCCACGAGGUGCGGGAGGCGCAGGCCAAGGCGCGCGGCAUCCCCUAUGAGAAGAAGAAGCGCAAUCGUGGGAGCGCCGCCGCCGCCCCUCCCGUCGCGCCGCCUCCUGUUGUGACCGCAGAGGGCGCAGGGACGUCAGGAGGCGCCGGCGAGGAGGAGGAGGAUGACGAACCGUCGCCGUCCGGUGAACCACAACAGAUCACCACACCGCCAUCCUCGGCUCCUCCUCUUCCUACAAGUGCUUCCAAUGCUAGUGAAUUUAAUUUGCAGGACGUAGAGAAAGAUAACCUUCUCUGCUCUAUCUCAGAUAUAUAUGAUGUCUUUAUUUCUUUAUCUAUAUUCAGGAUGCAUGCUCAAGCUUUUACUGUUUGCUGAUUUGAAUGCCAUGGGGUCACAUUGAUUUGAAUUUCUAGUAUGAUGUGUAUGUGUUCCUGCUUAACAACUACUAAUCCUGGCCUCCGCUCCCUGUCAGUGUUGAAGGCCCUGAGAGGAGCUCUUGGAGAAGAACGUCAAGCGGCCGGACUUGAAGCAAAGCUUCCCUAGAAUGGAUUGCCGUGGCAGUGGCAAGGGCAAAGAGAAGGCCAUACCAGAUAGUGACGAGGUAUGCAGUGCAGCUGGUGGGUCGUCCAAGACAUAUGUAGUUGAUAGAGCAGGUUUGUUUGACACAAAAUACAUGUCAUUUUUUCCAAGUUCCCUCCAUCUGUGUGUUUUUUUUGUAACAAUAGAUCUCAUUCUUUUUUCAGGGAAACGGAUAGAAUUGAAAGGAAAAAUUAGAGACACAUGGAGCCAUGGGACAAAAGUUGGUAAAUUUGGAUGGAAGUGUGGCUACUGUCCUACAGGCCAACAAAGUGGAGGUGUUACCCAUCUAAGGGAGCACUUGUGUGGAUUACAAGGUAAUGUGCAGCCAUGUUCUAAGGUGCCACACGAAGUUAGGGACAUACUGUUGGAUGAAUUAGCAAAAAGCAAACAAAAGAAGAGGGACACAAGGGAAAGUCGUCUCUAUAUUGAGAAGGCUCUCAUAGAGCAUGAUUAUAGAACAGCUAUUGCUAGCCUUGAUGAAGAGGCACAAUAUGAGUUGGCAGUGAGUGAGUCGCUAAGGGAUUUUAACUUGACUCGUGAUGGUAGAGCAAGAGAUGGUGGUAUUGUCAUUCGGGCUGCUAGUAGUUCUAGGGUAUCCAAUCUUGGAGGGGCAAAUACCAAGUCUUCUUUUGGGAGAGCAAGUGGAACUAGUAGUGAAGCUGGAAAUGUCGGUAAGACAAUUGGCACUGGCAGUGGCACUAGCUGUGGUAGCUUGAAUAAACAAAGUUCAUUGCAUUCUUUCUACCCAGGCCACAACAGUCCGUUUGAUAUAGAUUUGGUACGUAGUAGGGCACCAUCACAACCACGAGUGGAUAUUAUGCUUGAUGGGGAUUCCAAGCUUAAGCUUUGGAAGGCUUGGACGAAGUGGUUUCGUGCCAAUGACUUACCUGGUAGGAAAGCUGACUGCCCCUACUUUCGGGCUGCACUUAAAUUGACUCAACAACUUGGGGAACUGCCUAUCCCAAAAGGAAGAGAUAUAGAUGGACCACUGUUAGAUAUGAACUAUAAUUAUAAUGACUUGGAAGCUCAUAUGGAAUCUUUUAAGGAAGAUUGGAGUCGUUACGGGGUUACAAUUAUGUGCGAUUCAUGGACAGGCCCUACAAUGAUGUGUAUUAUCAAUUUCAUGAUUUUUUGCAAUGGUCGCAUGUUCUUUCAUAAAUCUGUGAAUGCAACCGGAGAAGUUUAAAAUGCAGAAUUUAUUUAUGGGAAGAUUAGAGAUGCAGUGGUUGAUAAAGUUGGGGCUAAGUUCGUCGUUCAGAUUGUGACGGAUAAUGGUUCAAAUUAUAAAAAAGCAUGCAAGCAGCUCACUACUGAACAUCCACACAUUACUUGGCAGUCAUGUGCUGCUCAUACUAUUAAUUUGAUGUUGAAGGAUAUAGGAAGAUUUGACGAUGUUGCAUAUGUAGUGGAUAGCGCAAAGCGCAUAUGUAGGUUCUUCUACAACCAUAAUAGACUUCAUGCUAUGAUGAGGGAGAAUAUUGGUGGAGAGCUAAUUUGGUGGAAUGCCACUAGGUUUGGCACAGUGUUUUUGUGCUUGUAGAGUUUUUGGAUAGACAGGACAAGUUGAAGUCAUGGAUGGUCUCUGCUGAGCGGAAAAACAGUGAAUGGAGAAAUGAGCAAGACCAUGCCUUUGCAUAUGAUAUUGUUCAAUUCAUGUGUAUUUUUUUAUGUCUCUAAUAUUGUUGUCUUAUUUUUUUCCUUUGUAGUUGCUGCACUUGACCCUGGAGAGCUAUACAGAUCAAACCAUGCAAAAAAAUCAUGUUGUCAAUUGGCUGUAACUUUGGCAACAAAGAAACUGGCUACUUCAACUUCAGAGGCUGCUGCUGCAAUUGACCAAUAUUCUUGUUUCAUUGAAAAGAAGGGUCUAUUUGGAGAUCCAGAAGCUCGUUGGUCAGCACUUCAUGGCAAAAGCAGUCCAGGUACACUUCUAUACCUAGUUACUAGCUGAAAGAAGCAUAUCUAUGCCUAGUUACUCCUUGUGUCCUUAGUUGAAACCAGAAAAUCUUGUGCUAUUGUUCUUGGAUCAUUUUGGCAAGUUACUAGUGCAGAGAAUCUUAGUGAAAUAAUCCAAUGUGCCCUUUGCUGGAUCAUUUAUUGCAAGUUACUAGUGCAGCAAGUUACAAUGUAUAGAAACUUACUUUAUGUGCUGUUGUUGCAUAUUAUUAUUUUUUUAAUUAAUUGCAGUUGAGUGGUGGGGUUCAUAUGGAGGGCAAUGCCCUGCAUUGCAAAAGAUUGCAAGACGCAUUGUCUCACAAUACGUAUCAUCUAGUGGAUGUGAAAGAAAUUAGAGCACCUUUGCUCUUGUUCACACAAAAUUAAGAAAUAAAUUAGGCUUUGACAAGCUGCACAAGUUGGUGAAAGUGCAUUAUAACUUGAAGCUACAGAUCUAACAAUUCAAAGUUGACUUUCAAAGCCUUCAAGAAAAAGAUGUUGAUCCAUGUGCUAUGAUGAUGGAUGUUGCCCUUUAUGAUGAACAAAACCCAAUCAUGGAUUGGCUAAAUAAUUCAAUGAGCGAUUCCACACCAAUUCUCGAUGAAUACGAUGAUGAUGAUCUUGAUUGGAACACAACUAGCAGCUUUCUCAUUG